AUGAUCAUCAGUGAUUGUGAUGAGUCGUUCAAUUAUUGGGAACCAUUGAAUUUACUUCUACGUGGGUUCGGCAAAGAGACUUGGGAAUACUCUCCAGAGUUUGCCAUCCGGUCCUAUAGUUACCUUAUACCUUACUGUUUCAUUGCAAAACCUUUCCAACUGUUUGUAUCGUCUGUGAAUUUGUUCUAUAUUAUACGAACCAUUGCCCUUUGUGGGUUCACUGCUUAUGGCGAGUACUCACUUUAUAAAUCGUUGAAAAAGUCGUACCCCCGAACAUCGCUAGCCCCUGACAUCUACUACCUAUUCACAACUUUUGCAACAGGGAUGUCCCAUGCUGGUGUUGCCCUUUUACCCUCUAGUUUUGCCAUGAACUGUGUUACUAUGGCUAUUUCUGCUGCGAUAACCAAUGAGUCUGCAGUUUCAGCUUUACUGUGGUUUGUGGCAAGCGGUGUGUUGGGAUGGCCCUUUGCCCUUAUCCUUGCUGUUCCCUAUGGGUUGCAAAUAGUUGUAAAAUCACGUCUUGCCCAAUCAACGCAAAUUGCAUUCAAAGUAGCAGCUUUCACCAUUGGCCUUCUGUCUCUAGUAAUUGCAAUUGACUAUUACUUCUAUAAGUUCAUUGCCUACGUUCCAGUGAACAUUGUGGCCUACAAUGUCUUUGGCAGUGCCGGAGAAGGUCCCGAUAUCUUUGGAACUGAGCCAUGGACUUAUUAUCCGCUUAAUUUAAUUCUUAACUUCAACGUUGUCUUCUUCUUGGGGUAUUUGGGUGCAAUGGCAAACUUUGAUACACCAGCACUCAACCUUCCCCUUGUGCUAUGGAGUGCAAUCUUCUUCAAGCAGCCCCAUAAAGAGGAAAGGUUUAUGUACCCAAUAUAUCCAUUUAUCUGUGCCAAUGCCCUGAUUGUGGUUGAUAAAAUAUUGGCUCAUCUUACAGCUACUCGAUUACGAAACUUUGUCGCUUCAGCACUUGUUACAGUCUUCAUGGUGGUGUCUGUGUUGCGUACCCUCAAUUUGGUCGAUAAGUACCUGGCACCAUUGAAAGUAUUCAACUACUUUGAACAAACAUCCACAGAUAAACAGGAUGCUAGUAUUGUUAAUGUUUGUGUUGGCCGUGAAUGGUACCAUUUCCCUACAUCGAUGUUCUUGCCUGAUAAUUACCGUUUGCGAUUCGCAAAGUCUGGUUUUGAUGGACUCUUACCUCGGGACUUCAAUGAAACAUUGGGGUCCGUCUCGGCUGCAACUUCGUAUUUGCCAUCAGAUAUGAACAACAAAAACCAAUUCUCUUCUUCAACAGUUGUUGAUAUCAGCGAAUGCGAUUAUUUCGUUGACAACGAUGGACCUCUGAGUCCCCAUGAUUACUUUUUAUUCAACGACCCUCAAUGGGAGCCAGUUGCAUGCGAGAAAUUGAUUAACCCUGACCAAGAACGUCUCACACUAUCCAAGUUUAUCUACAUCCAUCCAUCGUUGCGAUUGGAUGGUGAUGUGGACUAUUUCAACUUCUGUGUGUUGAAGAGACGCACACCACAAGAAAUAGUGUAG